AUGGCAACCCCAGCUCCAUCACGAGGCGAAGAGUUCGUCUACAUGUCGAAACUCGCCGAGCAAGCCGAACGAUACGAGGAAAUGGUGGAAUUCAUGGAGAAAGUCGUCGCCGCCGUCCCCGAUUCCGACGAACUCACGGUGGAGGAGCGAAACCUCUUGUCCGUAGCUUACAAGAACGUGAUCGGAGCACGGAGGGCGUCGUGGCGGAUCAUAUCGUCGAUCGAGCAGAAGGAAGAGUCCCGUGGAAACGUCGAUCACGUGAAUGCGAUUAAGGAGUAUAGGGCGAAGAUUGAGGCGGAGUUGUCGAAGAUUUGUGAUGGGAUUUUGAAGAUUUUGGACUCGAGGUAUUUGGCGGAGUUUAAGACUGGAUCGGAGAGGAAGGAGGCGGCGGAGAACACGCUCAAUGGCUAUAAGGCAGCACAGGAUAUAGCAAAUGCAGAAUUGGCUCCAACGCAUCCAAUCCGCCUUGGAUUGGCUCUGAACUUUUCUGUUUUUUACUAUGAAAUCUUGAACUCUCCUGAUCGAGCAUGCAGUCUAGCAAAACAGGCUUUUGAUGAAGCCAUCGCGGAGUUGGAUACGCUGGGAGAAGAUUCAUACAAGGAUAGCACUCUUAUAAUGCAGCUUCUUCGUGACAAUCUGACUUUGUGGACCUCAGAUAUGCAGGAUGAUGGGGGCGAUGAAAUUAAAGACGCAACCAAGCCUGAGCAGUAG